CAAGUGACUGAAAUUUACAUUUUGACAGAUCAAUCCUAAAGCCACCCAUCUGUUGUGUAAAAUCAUUUCUUAUCAUUUUAUACAAUAAAUAUUACUGAAAUAUUAGUUAACAAUAGUUAAAAUAUAAGUUAAAAGCAACAACAUGUUACGGCAGAUGACGAAUCGCCUUUUGACCACCGGUCAACUGUUCCGGCCCUUCAGCAGCAUGUACGAACCGGAUUAUCUGGAGAAACUCCGACCCAAAUAUCCGCUGUACAACACGCUGAACUUCACGAUCAAAGGCUACGAUUAUCCGAUCCUCGAGAGCUAUCAACGCUUCGUGCACAACGUGGCCGACACAAUGGAUCUGGACAUUGCCGACUGUUGGGCACAACCGCCGCAGAAGCUCAACGUGCAAAAAUUCAAACCAUCGUCGGCCGUCAUCGAGAGCGAAUACAAGCUCACAGUGUACCAACGGAACGUUCAGAUCGCCAACCUGCAGGCCCCGCUAUACCCCACGUUUCUGCGACUGCUGCAAGCUGCCCUGCCGGAAGGGGUUUCCCUCACGGUGAGCGAACACACCAGCGAGGUGGAUGACGGACGCUACGUGCCCGAUCGGGAGCUGCUCGAGCUGCGACAGAAGCUCGACGAAAUGGGUGGUUCGAGAGAAAAGAAGUGAAAUGUUUUGCGAAGAGUAGAUCCCUUCGAACGAGAUGCUCCACAAUGAUAGUUGUUAUCCGAUAUGCUUUAAUAUACGUGAAUCCUUAAUAGUUGUGUACUAUA